UGCCCCAAUAAUUGCAGGUUGGUUCCCCAGUCACGUUCCCCCCCCUCUUUUCUGUCGAUCACUCACGUUAUAAGGAAAGCUACCCCUGCUCUACCCUCCCCGCAAGGUAACCUCGAAACCAAGCAUCCAGAGUUUGGAUCUGGCUUCAAUCGAGCAAUGGCGGAAAAGACCUCCAACUUAACCAUAAAAGUUGACGUAGCCUGCGAUGACUGCAAAAAAAAGAUUGAAAAGACUAUAUGCAAGUUAGAAGGAAAAGGGAACGCAACAAUCACCUAUGACGAGAAGGCCAAUACUGUCACAAUCUCCGGCAAAUUCGACGCCCAGAAGCUCUGCAACAAGCUCUGCUGCAAGGACUAUGUGAUCAAAAGCAUCCAAAUUACGAUGGAACCGAAGAAGAAACCACCUCCCAAAGAAGAAGACUGCAAGGUGAUCAACAAAAUUAGAAUCACAGUCGGUAGUGGAACCUGUCGUGGAACCUGUCGUGGAGGAUGCAAGUGGAUUUGCAAGAAGGACUAACCAGCAUCAUGUACCCUAAUGCUAGAUCGAUGGGAGAGUAAUGAGGGAAUAAAAUGUUAUUUCGGUGUAUUUUUUAUCUUGGAAUAUUGUUGGUAUGUGAAAGGACUUUAUGCUUGAUAAUGUGAACCGUCUUUGUUUUAUUUAUGCUUGAUAAUUCCGCAUCA